CCUGCUUUUGAUCCCAAUGCCACCGUGCUGGAAACCAUCUUUGAUUCUGAUAAUGAAGCCAUCAUUGCCGUCAGAGAUUAUGAAAAAGCACUCUUGAUGAAUGAUGAUGCUUUACUUCAAAAAUGUGUCACAAGACUCGAAGAUCUAAAAGCAUGGGAUCUGGAAUCAAAAAUCCAUGAGAUUCUCCAUAAAUUGCUACUCACAGAUAUGGACCAAAAAACGGGUCAAAUGUCUGGUGGACAGAAAAAACGUCUAGCAUUGGCCAAGAUAUUGAUAGAAGAACCAGAUUUUCUAAUCCUCGACGAACCUACCAACCACUUGGAUAUGGAGAUGAUCGAAUGGUUGGAGACUUUUCUUCAGCAGCCCAAUCUGACACUUUUUAUGGUGACGCACGAUAGAUAUUUUCUAGAGCGUGUUUGUAAUGAGAUCAUCGAGAUGGAAAAUGGCAAUACCUACAUGUAUCGUGGCAACUACUCUCAAUAUCUCGAAAAAAGAGAAGCAAGACUACUUAAUGAUGCUGCCAAUCUUGAAAAGACCAAAAAGCUUUUUUCUAAAGAACUAGAAUGGAUGCGUCGUCAACCACAAGCGCGUAGUACAAAGGCAAAAUCUAGAAUAGAUGACUUCUACGAGAUCAAAGAAAAGGCAAAAGGAAAUGCUGUGCUUAGAGAUUACAAUGGAACUUAUUCAGAUUAUCGUGAACUUAAAAAAGCAGAAGAUCGAGACAAGUCAAAAGUCGAUAAAUCUCCUGUAGAAGUAAUAGAAAUCAAAGAAGAAGAAAAAAGUAAAGCCACCUUUGAGCAACGAAAGGAUUUCGCUCGGAUAGAAAAAGAAAUUAAAAAAUUGGAAGAGAAAAAGGCCGAAAUCACAGCAAAAUUUGAUGAUGCAAGUUUAAGCCCUGAAAAAAUCAUGGAACUCUCCAAAGAGCUAGACAAUAUCCAAACCCAACUAGAAGAGAAAGAAGAAAAGUGGAUGGAAUUGGCGGAUUUG